CCUCUGACGCAUUGGCUUCUUAGAACCAGCUAGCCUACUUUAUCAGAUUCAACCUAAAUUUCUUUCUUCUCUUGUCGUCUUUUUGCACUUUAGCCCAUCAAUUCCAUCCCAUACAAAACAAGUUGUUAUCAUGGGCGAAAUUGGCGAAUACUGGCGGGACUAUAAGGGGUAUAAAAGACAUCAAGAAGAUCUUCGUUUGAAGCAGCAGGCUCUCAAAGAACAGGAGUCAACCCUUCAGGAUGAGACCACCUCUACCAACCCUGCUCCCAACCUCGCGGCCAACAACAAUUACCAAGACCAUAGCAAUAAAACUCAGAAGACCAAGAAUGCCACCAAUGAUGCCACCAAGGACUUCACCGAGGAUACCAAGAAAAAAACCAGUACCCCAAACACCCGCCGCUGCUGGGACUGGAUGAUGGUCAGUGGUAGCACUCACUACGCCAGAAACCGCUCAUCGUUCAGUACCUAUCGUCACGUUCGCGGCCAAAUUACUUCCUCUAUUCUUCCAGGCACCGGUCGGAUUCAAGUCCUGGGCAUUGGAGCCGUGAAACUGAACAUGAUCCGCGGCCCCGACGAUCCGAGACCCUACACGCUUGUCCUGAAGGACGUGUUGCAUAUACCUUCCGCGGUCUGCAAUGGAAUCAGUAUUUUCUUGCUGCCUGUCAUAUUUGAUGUGAGAAAUAGAAGAGUGUUUGACUCGCAUACCAAGGAGCCGUUGUUUUAUGGGGAGAAAUAUUUCGGUCUGGAUAGGGCUGUUCUUGCGGGUGAUACACAGGGGGAGACGUAUAUGGAGGACGGAACUGGCUACAUGCUGAGUAUCAAUGCUAUGGAAAAGGAGCUGGAGACAUUGGCCCGGAAAGCUAAGCAUUGAGGAUCGUGAUUGAGCCGAGCAAGGUUUGAUCUAAUGUUUGUUUGUGUACGAGCUCUGAUACUAUCGCUUCAUGAGAUCAUCAAUAAUGUUAGGUUGCCCUUCCUCAGUCUGCUUAGUUAUUAGGGCAAUCCCAUAGCAGCGAAAAUGCUCUUUUAUUUCCC